AUGAGAUCUAAACGAAAUGCAAGAAUUUUGACAAAUGACAAUUCGAAAGACAAUAUGAUUGAUAGCAAUAGAAAACCUUCACCUCCAAAAAUUUAUAUGAAUGCAUCAAACAACAAUUAAUUAAUAUCUGAUAGUGUUUUUUAAAGGAAAGGAAGAAGUACUCCGAAGGAUUUUCUUGGAUUAGUAAAUAACUUUCAAUGUAAUUGAAUGUCAUGAUGUUAGAAAAGUUAUCUCUUCCUAAAAAAUAGACACCAAGAAUGUUGAGCAAGAGUGGAAGAGCCAAUUAUGAUUAAGAGGUAUAUAAUUAGGUGAUAAUUAGUAAAGAGCCCUAAUUUAAUCAUAUAACCAAAACAAGAAUAAAAUAUGGAAAUAGAAUCUCUGUCUCCAAUUUAAUAAUAUUCAGAUAUAAAACUUCCAUUUUUUAGUUCUCAGACUACAUCUAAAAAAGAAUAGGUAGCAAGAAGAGUAAUAAAAGAUGCUUCACUCAAUAAUAGCUAAUUCACUUAGAGAGAAUCAUAAAUGAAAACUUCAGAUAAAUCAAAAAUUAAUAAAAUUAGAAAAACUAAUUAUCAUUAGCAAUAGGAUAUAGAUCCUCAAUAUUAAGUAUAUGAGUUCAAUUAAGAACUAAAAGCAUUAAGAGUAAAAAGAACAGAGUCAUUUGAAUGGUUAUAGGAAGACUCAUAAGGAUCAUAAGAUUCUUCUUUUAAUCAAUUCAAAUAAAUCAAUUUAGGAACCUAUUACAUGGAUAACUUAAGAAAAUAUUUAAAAGGUUUAAAUCUAGAAGGCUUGUAUGCUCAAUUAUAUAUCAAUCAUUUUGUUUAAUAAUUUCACAGUCUUUAACUUAGUAAACAGUUUCUUUAACCUGAUAUUAAAGAAAUUGAACAUCGAUGUAUAUAGUUCUAACAGAUUAGUAAUCUUUUAUAUUAAUUAAAAAUAGAAAAAUAAAAAACAUUAGUUUUAGAUCUGGAUGAAACAUUAAUCCAUUGUAAUGAACAACCAUAAAUGAAAUUUGACUUUAAAGUUCCAAUAUAGAUGCCAAAUGGAUAGAUUCACGAAGUAUACUAAACUAUAUUAAAAAGGCAGGAAUUAGUGUGAGGCCUUUUGCUCAGUAAUUCUUACAGGAAUGCUCAAAGCAUUUUGAAGUUAUGAUAUUCACUGCAUCUCAUCCAUUAUAUGCUGACAAAAUAAUAGAUAAAUUGGAUCCAACUAAAAAAUGGGUUACUUGUAGAUUAUAUAGAGAACAUUGUAUCUAAACAUAACAGGGCAUAUAUGUCAAAGAUUUAAGAAUUUUAAACAGGAAUCUAAAAGAUGUUUUUUUGAUUGAUAAUGCAGCUUAUUCUUAUGCUUAUUAAAUUGAUAAUGGUAUUCCUAUUAUACCUUAUAUUGAUAAUGCUAAAGAUAAUGUAAUUUAUUAAGUUUAUAUUUAGGAAUUAAUUGGAGUUAUAGACUAUCUAAAAGUUUUGUUGUAAAUUGAUGAUGCACGUGAGAUUAAUGCUAAAACAUUUAUCUUAAAGUAAAUCUAACAAUGUCAAAGUCUUGAUGAAGCUAUGAAACUUCUGUUAGUGAUAUGA